AUGAUUGUGGAUACACGAAUCAUUUUGCCUCUCUCUGUCUAUAUAUUUGGUAGUUGCUAUGCAGCAACCGAAGACGAAACGCACUCAAAGAUCGAAUACAUACAAAUAUUUAAAAACAUUCCGGCACUCUUCGAAUAUCUGCUUGAAAUGCUAGAAACAAGACCAGAGAUACUCGAGAGAAACGAUGUGACAGUUUUUGUGAAGAAUAAACAAUACCUCAAAAGGGACGUGCAAGAAUUUCUUAUUCAUGAAAAUGAUUCAAGUUUAAAAAAACAAAACUUUAUCCCUAAAACAAAAGAAUUGAAAAGAGAUACAAUGUAUGUGAAUACAAAUAACAGAAACACCAAGAAGCUUGUCAGGAGUUUUAAUGGAAAAAGGAAAACGCUUAAUGAUUUCGCUAAAGAAAGAGAACCAGACAUUGUCAGACACGAAUAUGGAAACAGUGUCAAACAUUUAGACGGACACAAUGAAGACAAACAUAUUGAUGGCGCAAAAUUAAAUACCGUUAGCAAGAGAGAUAACUUAACCCCUGUCACCGACACGUCUGUAGAACUCAAUAAGCAAGUCAAGGAUUUUUUUAACGAUAACAUUAAUAUGUUUGGAGUUAAUUUGCAUUACUUAUCUCCAGAAGAAGUGGAACGACAAAUGCUAACAGUCGAGCAGAUGCUAGAAGAACAUAAUUCAAAAGAUGAUAAACAACAGGAGUAAUUUUAUUGCAUAUUUUUAAUUUCCAGCUGAACUAUCACUAUUAGGUAUGUUGUGAUGCUGCCCAGGAUCUAAAACAAUAAAAACGAAUAUCAUUAGUAUUAUUAAUAG